GGAGUGUACGGAGAAUUCACAGCCAUGGCAGAGACAGUGAGACAUAAUAGGGACAAAGUGGCACAAAGUCUUCCCUCAGAACAACUGGAUGGAGGACUCUAGUUUGUGUCUUGGUGUGUCGUCAGCGGUGCCUGAUGCUGAUGCCCAUCUGAGCAGUGCAGUGUUAAAUGGCCGCUACCCCAUCAGUCAAAAGCUUCAUCAGCUCACUGCCCAGCUAGGGCACGCCUUCCCUGACCUACACCGCCCACAACAGAUCCCCGAAGAGAAAGCAGCCACGCCUUUGGAUGAGAAGACCCACCACGCUGCCCUGGCUAGUCAACCUAUCAGCAGUCAGAUGGCCCUGCUAGCCAAUCAGCUCAAUCGAGACAUUGAUGCAGGAGCACUCAGUGGGUUGAACGGACGUGUUGACCUGCAGCAGUUUCUCAACGGCCAGAACUUGGGCAUCAUGUCCCAGAUGAAUGAUAUUGAAGACGACGCCCGCAAGAAUAGAAAGUAUCCCUGUCCAUUGUGUGGCAAGCGCUUCCGUUUUAACAGCAUCCUGUCGCUGCACAUGCGCACACACACAGGAGAGAAGCCCUUCAAGUGCCCCUACUGUGACCACCGAGCGGCUCAAAAGGGCAACUUGAAGAUCCACCUCCGUACCCACAAGCUGGGGAAUCUUGGUAAAGGCCGUGGUCGUGUUAGGGAGGAGAACAGGCUGCUGCAUGAGCUGGAGGAGAGGGCCAUCCUUAGGGACAAGCAGAUGCGAGGGAGCGGCAGUCUCCUCCAGACAGCUCCAACACCCCAUCUGGGCCUCAAUAGCAGCUCCAACACCCAUCAACAGCAGCAACUAGGCUCCGCCUGUGGCCUCCUCCCCCCUUCCAGCCUUACCACUCCAGACACAAUCUCCCAACCUUCUUCUUCUCCCAAGCCGGCUGGCACCCAGGAUGAACAGUCCUUGAACCCAACUACAGGCUUCCGCUGUACCUUCUGUAAAGGGAAGUUCAAGAAGCGUGAAGAGCUGGACCGCCACAUCCGUAUACUCCACAAACCCUACAAAUGUACUCUGUGUGAGUUUGCUGCUUCCCAUGAAGAGGAGCUGAUAAGUCACGUGGAGAAGGCCCACAUCACAGCUGAGAGCACACAGGGCCAGGGUGCUGGCGGUGCCGGCGGCACGCAGGUGGCCACUGAAUUCCGCUGUGACGUGUGUGGCCAGGUGUUCAGCCAAGCUUGGUUCCUCAAGGGCCACAUGCGCAAGCACAAGGACUCCUUCGAACACUGCUGCCAAAUCUGUGGCCGUCGCUUCAAGGAACCCUGGUUCCUCAAGAACCAUAUGAAGGUGCAUCUCAACAAGCUGGCCAUCAAGAACAAGCCAAGCCAGCCCAGUGAGCAGGACAUGGCUGCUGUCAAUAGCAUGAGCAAUCUGGCUCAGGAAGCUCAUGCCAACCUUUAUUCCCGCUACAUCUCCUGUCUUCAGGGAGGCUUCCUCUCACCAGACAAACAGGGCCUGAGUGAGCAGCACCAAAUGUUGGCUAAAGCAGGCAUAGCCAUGAAGGAGAAGGAGAUGCUGGGGAAGCUGCUGGGGCCAAUGACAGGAGGUAUGGGCCAUGGGCUGGGCGAAAAUGAGAAGCGCUCACUUCUGGGAUGUCUCAACCUUGUGCCACCACUCAAGUCCAGCUGCAUGGAGCGCCUCCAAGCAGCUGCAAAAGUGGCAGAGAUGGAUUCCAUCAAUAGCUACCAAGCCUGGCAGAUAAUGGCUCGUGGCAUGGCCAUGGACAGGGCAUUCAUGCCGAAGGAGCAACAGCAGCACCAGCAUCAUUUACCCCAAGGGCAGGAAGAUGAGAUGGGUGGUGCUGGGGCCUUGGCUUCUUUCUCAAAGGAAAAACAAGACUACUCCUUGAUUGCUUCCAAUGAUAGCUCCAAGCAGAAGCAGCUCUCCGAGGCCUUGCAGGGAUCCAAGGCUGCUGGCGGAGCCAUAAUGUCCAUGAAGGAGGAUGGAAGAGGCUUUGAGAGUCACCGUGACUUAAUGUCUGUCCAUGGUAGUGCCGAGGCUCCUGGAGCCAUGGCCGGCUUGGGAAGCCCAAACAUCGACUACAGCCUCUCCAGCCUCUCCAUCCUGAAGGAGAAGCCUUCAGAGUGCCCUGACUGUGGCCGGGUCUUCAGAACCUACCAUCAAAUGGUAGUCCACUCCCGUAUCCAUGGCAAAGACAGGAGAGGCAUUGAGGAAGCGCUCCAGCAACAAGGUCUGGAUGAACGCCGCGGAUCAGCCAGUGACCCCGAGUCCCAGUCCAUCAGCCGCUCCACCACUCCUGGUUCAUCCAACGUGACAGAGGAGAGCGGAGCCGGAGGAGGACACUCCCAGACAGGAAGCGUCCAGGAUGACAGCCCACAUCCCUCUUCACCAUCCUCAGAUGUUGGGGAGGACUUGGGGAAGGCAGCGGGGAGCAUUCAGCCGUCUCUGUCCCAGCAUCGUGAGCGGAGCGUGGCCUCGUCCUCCAAGGAUUGCCCCUACUGCGGCAAGUCCUUCCGCACCUCCCAUCAUCUCAAAGUCCAUCUGCGGAUACACACAGGAGAGAAACCCUACCGGUGCCCUCAUUGCGACUAUGCCGGCACCCAGUCUGCCAGUCUGAAGUACCACCUGGAACGCCACCACCGUGAGCGCCAGAAUGGCUCCACCACCUCAGGCCCAUCCUCUUGCCACACCCCAUCCUCUGACCACAAAGAGGAUCAUGGAAAGACAAGCGGCGGCGGCAUCUUCGCCCGACCUGAUGUCCUCCGUAAUGUUUUCAAGGGCAUGCCUCCCAACCUGGACUUCAGAGCAGGUCCUUUGCUUCCACAUCAGUGGGCAUCAGCUGGAAUGAUAUCCCCACACGACCGAGAUCGUGAGCGCGGAGACCGCCGCUUUGACUCCGCCUCUUCAGCUGAUAAUAUGAAGACUGCUGAUGGCCCAUCUGCGCUGGUCUCAACAGCGACAGAUAGCUUUUCUGACCUAAGCAGGGCUUACCAAAGCAUGAUGGGGAACGGAGUCCACUUUCAAGGUUCUCUUCAGGCCUUCAUGGACAGCUUUGUCCUCAGCUCUAUGAAGAAGGACAUGAAGGACAACCAGAGUCCAGUCCAGCUCCAAGCCCAGUGCUACCAUGAUACCGGCGAGCCCAAAGCAAAGCGGGCUGUCUCAGCUGACCAGGAAAGAGAAGAUAAGCCUGAAGGGAAACAGAACUCGGAGCCUGGAAAACCUGGGUCCCAGUAUGAACCACUUGAUCUGUCUGUGUCAGUCCGCCCUGAGUCUGCAUCCGGAUCUCUCCCCGGCUCUUCAGUCACCAUCCACGAUAAUGUUGCGUGGCAUGGUUGCCUCUUCUGCUCCUUCUCCACCUCCUCAGUGGAGCUGAUGGCUCUGCACCUUCAGGCCAACCACCUGGGUAAGGCCCAACAGCAGCGGUCUGAUGCAAGCAAGGAGCUUCAUGGAGGGACUUCUCCAACCACCUCCACCAUUCACUCCUCCAAGACCUCUAGUGUGGACAAAGAUGGAGACAGAGAUGGAGAGAAAAGCCAGGGACCUUGGAACAACCACAUGGACCAGCCCUACAACCCCUUCCAGAGUGACUUCUACAGGAGGUUUGGUGGCAUGUAUGAUGGAUCCCCAAGGGCCAACCAGAGUCUUCAAGCGUAUAUGGGCACAGCAGAGCAAGGCCUGGACCUACCCUCCCAGGCCUUUGGAGGGGCACCCUCAGCUGGGGACGACCAGAUUGGCGAGAUGGGUUCCCGUGGAGACACCGAAGAGGACCGGGUUGGGUCAGAUGAGGAGGUUGUAAAGGCUGGGGUGCACAGUGCCAGUGAGACCCCGUCAACCACCCCCAAGAGACAGCAGCAACGGAAUCACUCUGAUGAAGAAGAAGAAGAAGGAGGAGUGGCUGAAGAGGAGGAGGAAAGAGAUGAGGAUGGGCAAAUGGACAUGGAGCGAGAGGAAGAAAGAAGUCCAGCUUCAGACCACCUACAGAACCAUCCUAAACAGCUCCAGGACAACUCUACAAGGAGUGGAGCUGGUUUGGCAGCAUCUUCCUCUGCCAUGACACCACUUUCUCUGGUUCCCCAACCCAAGAACCAAGCUUUGCCGCUGGAGAAGCAGUGGCAGCAGGGCCUGGCCCUCCUGUCUCCCGGAGGCCCCCCAGGACUGUUGAAGGCUGAGCAGCAGACCCACCUAGAGCAGCAGAUGAAUAUGCUGUCUGUCCUCCGAGCCUACAGCAAUGACAACCUCCCCGCAUUCAAUGGCCUAGGAGGCGGAGCAGGCGGAACACCCGCAGGGGGCAUGAAGAGGCCAGAUGCACCUGUGCAUCUCUGGGUAGGAGAGGAGGACCAGCCAAUGACCCAUGACCCCGCGCUGACCCACGACCCCAACCAUCUUAACAACGACCUUAACCACCCUAACAACCAUAACCUAGGUGACCCAGAGGGGCUGGACGCCCACGCUGUAAACAAAGACUAACGGCCGACACCGGAGCAAGGCAGGAUGAUGAGGAUGAAGGCGAUGGUGAUGAGGAGGAGGAUGGAGGAUAAAUGAAGGAGUACACUAUAACAAAGACUUUAUUUAAGAUGAAAAAAAAACACAUACUACCGUCAGAGAAGGCGUGAACUAUAUGAAGGAAAGUUUGGGACAGUUUCCUUUCGGGGGACGGAUAUGCGAGAUGCUUGGACACUAGAAGUGACAGCAACUUUCCUGUUUUGUCUCCUGUGGUCUGAAUGCCCUUUGUCUUUGUUGUCUUUUUCUCUUAUACAAUGUUUUUUUUUUUUUUUUUUUUUGAUGAAACUACCUGUCUGAUUAGCACUUCCUGUAACUGGCACCGCAACCUGAUACAUUCCUUGAGCUAGAAAGGUGUGUCUUUUCUCUCUCUCUCUCUCUCUUUUUUUUUUUUUUUUUUAAUUUUAGGACUAAAAUGUAGUGCUUAAUCAAAUGCUUUCAAAGACUUUUUUCUCUCCUGUUAAAUGACUUCACCAGUCCACGGACCACCGUUAUAUUGUACCUGGAAUGUAUUCUACUGUAGAAUAGAAACUUUACGGGACUGUUGACAGAGACCAAGCACAUUUCCUGUCAGACCAGCCGCUUCUGGCUCUCCUAUGUCAUAGAGUCACUAUUUAUGUCCCAUGACCAUGCAUCACACUGAUUAUGGUUAACAAAGGACAGGGCACCGAAUGACAAUCUGCAAGUUUGUGUCCGCGAACGAUACGCUGGUAGAUACCCACAGUUGACUGUUGAUGAUGGUGGUGUUAAUGAUUGUGAAGAAGACAGAAUAUUCAAACUGCCCUAAAUGUACUUAUAUAUCCCCCCCCCAACCCCUCCAUAACCAGGCCGGUACAGGCCUCCACCCUGCUAUACGGCUCCCUUUUUUUCUUUUUUUCUUGUUCUGUAUCAUUCAACACAGCGCCCAUAGACGCUUAAUGUAUAUAGAGAGAUAUACAGUAGUUAAAAAAAAAACAAAAAAGUUUUAAAGCAUUUGUGACAAGGAAAGUAGUUUACACGGCCACAAAAGGUAGGCGUUCUUCAAGUCUGAGAAGAAUUUAAAAAAAAAAAAGAUCUCAAAAAAAGGGGAAACUUUUAUUUCUUUGUCCGCCCCUUUCUCUCCAUGUCUCAUGUCAAGGACUUGCAGAUGUUUCUAAAAAAAUACUGCCACCGAUCAUUGUUGCACAGUGUUACUGACUACUGAAAAUGGUUUGAUGUAUUUACUUUAAGAUGCCGAAAAAAAAGAAAAAAAAACUGGAAAAAAAGACAUAUUGUGUAUAGCCUUAGAUACAUCUGUUAUUGCUUCUACAAAGCUAUGUAGCCGUGCUAGACCGUAGGACGUAGGGUUGAUUUUAUUUUUAAUUUUUAUAUGUACUGUACAUUAAUGCCUUCUCCAUUUACUGAUCGAGGAAAAAAAAAAAGGAAAAAAAAAGAGGAAAAAGAUGACAAUCGUCUCCUGUGCUGCAAACAUAUUUGCCCCAUAUAUACAGAAUCCAUUAUGCAUAGAGGGACUUAAUCCUUUUCUUUUGUUUUUUGGUUCUCAGAAGUAUUUUGCACUGUGAUAGUAUUAUAAAUCCAACCUAUACAGUACAAAACUAGCUAACUAACUAAACUGAAGGUGUGUGUUUGUGUGUCCCUUGGCAUUGUGAAAUGUUUCUACGUCAUUUUUUGUGAACCCAGAGAAAAAUUCUAAUGCGGUAUGUACAGUCCAAAUAUAAGACUUAUUUUAGUUUGAGCAACCUCUAUACUGUAUGUGGCUUUGACAAAUUGUUACCCAGAUUUCUUUUUGUAUGCAGACUCCUUUCCGACCUGCAGCGUAGGCCCUACAACUGCUUCAGCCUGCGUGGUUUCCAGCACUCUGAUUCCAACUUGAGAUUUUGCUGCAGUACAGCCUUUUUUUUAUUUUCCCCCAUUUCAAUUUCUGUAGAUUACAAUUAACCAUUCUUUCAAUUCCAAUAUGCCAGGAAAAGAGGGGGUUAAAAGCUAAAAUAAUAAGUGAGACAUAUGAAAAGUGAUGUUUUUAAGGAAAUAUAACAGGGUGUUUUGAAGGGAGGAAUUCUGGGAAUGGGGGUCUGAGUGAACCAAUCAGACGGAUCCUGCUGGAGGCACUGACCAGUGGCUUUGACCUCUGACCCCAUCUGUGUUUUCCAGGGGUGUAAAGAUGAGAGAUUAAUGGCGAGAGUCUCACUUGGGCUCUCUCCAUCUCUGAACCAGCUAUAAUGAGCAUUCCACUCCACAUAUUAUGUACAAAACCUGUCUUGUGAGCUGAACACUCUUUAUGUUUCACUGUACCCUCAUGGCAGAUGCUUUGUUUUGUAACUACUGAACUGUACUUAUAGUAAAAAUAAAAUGUAU